AGAUUUUCAAAGCAACUGCUUUCCUGCUUUGAGACACGGCCAGCAAAUGCCUCGUCUGAAUUGACCAAAGGCCAGGCUGGUUUCAACCUACUUGUGAACGAAAAACUCCCUGUUUCCAGCAAGAGGUGUCAGAGAUCCCUCUGCAAGUGUUACAGUUUGUAAAUGAGAACAGAAGGUCUUCUGUAGAAACCCGGAAAGCACGGACAACAAACGCCAGGGACUUCCCGGCCCCUUCUCUGGACAACCUAACUUGGUUUCGGUACGAUCCUUGCUGCUUUGAAGAGCGAAUCAGCCGGCACAUGCGUGGACCGGAGAGAGGUCCUGGACUCAGAGCUGAGAUCGUGUCUCCUGGCAAGAGGACCCAGAAGACUGGUCCCCCGGAGAAGCCGUUCGCUUACCUGCAGCUGGCCUGGCGCAGGGACAGCCCUUCAGGAAAUACAAGGGAAGAGAGGACAUGUUACAUCUGGAACACUCUUGAAGUAGUGUAAAUAACAUGGAAAGCAGCAUGAAGCCUUGUUGGGUAGCUUGUUUUUCAGGAGCUGCCUGGCUCUGACCGUCGGUGUGCUUCUGGAUUUGAAGCCCUCAGCUUGCAGCAGUCUAUCUGGUUCCCGUCCAAAUAUCCUUCUCCUGAUGGCAGACGAUCUCGGCAUCGGAGAUGUCGGCUGCUAUGGCAACAACACCAUAAGGACUCCGAACAUUGACCGCCUUGCCGCGGAUGGCGUGAUGCUUACCCAGCACAUCGCUGCUGCGUCUGUGUGCACACCAAGCAGAGCUGCCUUCCUAACAGGCAGAUACCCUCUCCGAUCAGGUAUGGUGUCCAGUAAUGGUUAUCGUGUUCUUCAGUGGACGGGCGUAUCUGGAGGACUUCCACCAAAUGAAACAACUUUUGCAAAAAUAUUGAAAGAUAAAGGCUAUGCCACUGGACUCAUAGGAAAAUGGCAUCUGGGUCUCAACUGUGAAUCCUCCGAUGAUUACUGCCACCACCCGCUCAGCCACGGCUUUGACCAUUUCUACGGAAUGCCGUUUUCCAUGAUGGGAGACUGUGAGCCCUGGGAAAUGUCUGAAAAGCGCGCAGGCUUGGAGCACAAACUCAACGUCUGCUCGCAUGUCAUGGCUUUGGCCGCCUUUACGCUCACCGUUGGGAAACUCACCCGCCUGGUAGCGGGCUCCUGGACUCUGGUCAUCUGCUCAACCAUCGUGGCCCUCUUGUUCUUCACGACCUCCUGUUUCAUGGGUGCCCUGAUUGUUCACGCGGACUGCUUUCUGAUGCGAAAUCACUCCAUCACCGAGCAACCCAUGUGCCUUCAAAGGACGACGGCUCUUAUGCUCAAGGAGGUCUCAUCCUUUGUCAAAAGAAACAAGCAAGGACCUUUCCUCCUCUUCGUGUCCUUUCUACAUGUCCACACCCCUCUUAUCACUACCGAGAACUUCCGAGGGAGGAGUCCCCAUGGGCUGUACGGGGACAACACAGAAGAGAUGGAUUGGAUGGUGGGGCAGAUCCUUGAUACUUUGGACACGGAAGGUUUGACCAAUAGUACCCUCGUUUAUUUUACGUCGGAUCAUGGGGGAUCCUUAGAGGCUCAGUUUGGAAACAAUCAAUAUGGUGGCUGGAAUGGGAUAUAUAAAGGUGGCAAAGGCAUGGGCGGCUGGGAAGGUGGGAUCCGGGUCCCAGGGAUACUCCGGUGGCCCGGGGUGCUGCCCGCUGGCCGCCUGAUCCACGAGCCCACCAGCCUGAUGGAUGUCUUCCCCACCGUGGUCCAGCUGGGGGGUGGCCAGGUGCCCCAUGACAGGGUGAUUGACGGCCGGGACCUGCUACCCUUGCUCCUGGGGACAGCCCAGCACUCCGACCACGAGUUCCUGAUGCAUUACUGCGAGAGCUUCCUGCACGCAGCCCGCUGGCACCAACGGGGCAGAGGGGCAGUGUGGAAAGUCCACUACGUGACCCCGAUGUUCCACCCAGACGGAGCCAGCGCCUGCUACGGGAGGGGGGUCUGCCCAUGCUUUGGGGACAAAGUAGCCCAUCAUGACCCACCGUUGCUGUUUGACCUCUCGAGAGACCCUUCCGAGGCUCACGCCCUCACGCCAGACACGGAGUCCUCAUUCCAUCAGGUGAUGGAAAGCGUCACAAAGGCCGUGGAGGACCAUCGCCGGACGCUCAGCCCGGUUCCACUGCAGCUGGACCUGCUGGACAACAUCUGGAAGCCGUGGCUCCAGCCCUGCUGUGGUCGGUUCCCCCUCUGCUGGUGUGAUCGGGAAGCUGACCCAUAAUAGCCGGCCCUCCCCCCCGGGAAAACUGGGUCCCUGCUCCCUAGAGAUCUUCAUUGGGGUCAGAAUAAAAUGGCCUGGAGUCAAGCUGUCUGCUUGUGUGGGGCUGAAUCGUUUCACCAACCCUAAAGAGAAAGUGUUACCGAACUCAGGUUUAGGUUCUCACCGCUCAGGAAUACAAUACUAACUCGGUACAAAUGAACUUAUGUACAAAACAGAAAUGGAGUCACAUAGAAAACGAUCUUAUGGUUACCAGCGGGGAAAGGGGGUGGAGGGAUACAUUGGGAGAUUGGGAUCGACAUAUACACACUAUAUAUAUAAAAUAGAUAACUAAUAAAGACCUGCUGUAUAGCACAGGGAACUCUACUCAGUACUCUGUAAUCACCUAUAUGGGAAAAGAAUCUAAAAAAGGGUGGAUAUAUGUAUAUGUAUAACUGACUCACUUUGCUGUACACCUGAAACUAACACAGCAUUGUAAAUGAACUCUACUCCAAUUUUAAAAAUUAAAUUAUUUUUAAAAAAGAAUCAAUACUGAGAGACAAGUGUUGGGUGAAAAGAAAGAUAGCUUUAUUGAGGAAGCCAUCAAUCCUGGGGAGGUGGACUCAUGUCGCAAAGAACCAACUCCCAACCCCCCGAGUUUUGCUUGGAGAUUAUAGAGGGGAAAGAAGAAAAGUGUGACGUGCUGAGGAGAGGGAUUGUGGGUGUGUGAUCACCUCGUGGGCACUCUUCUGAUCGGCUGCUGGUGAGGUCAUCGGGAGCCCACAUCAUCAACCAUCUGAUUCCAACCGAUUUGGGGUCUGCAUGCUUGUGGGCAGCACGCAGUUAACUUCUUCCACCUGGUGGGGGAUUCAGUGUCUGCAAAACAGCUCAAAGGAUAUGGCUCAGAAUAUGAUCUACAGCCCUUGAGGAGGAACUAAAGGUCCCUGACUCUGUUCAAUGGCUAAACUAUUAUUAUUUUCUCUUGUUUAACUAUUUUCCUUUGUUUCUGUACUUUCUCAUUUCCCUGAUUAAAUUUUUUCUGUGCCUAAACUUUUUCUACAGACAAGAGGAAGGUGGAGGACAUGGGGGGAGGGGCAGUGGUCUGUCCUGGAACCGCCCCAUAGGGUCCUGCUCGGUUACAAAAGGGACAGGAAGAAGCAGUAACAUAGAAUCGCCAGGAAAUAAAAUGCACCAUUUAGGGGCUGCCGAGGCCACACUACAGGCAGGUAAAGAGUGAAGUUCUUCCUGCCACCUGGGGGAGGCUGCCCUGUCCCCAGAAAGAGCUCAAAUCCCAACAGAAGAUGUUUCUAUGUCACACAGAUUUCCAGAUAAUUGUCAGGUGGGCACCAAAGGUAAUAACUGUCCCUGGUGAAGAUGUGGCUGUGGGACCAAGGCAUAGAAUGUAGGUAUAUCAUUUUCAACAUUGACAAGGUCGUACCGUGUUUCAAACUGGGACUAUUUUCAAGCAAUGAUCCUUGGUGAACAAAUGCCCCAGUGACCUGGGGGAACCCAGGAUUUGGGAGGCGUGCUGGGUAUGCAAUGUCCUACCCUCUCUAUUUUGAGAGGUCACUAUGAGAUCGGGCUCCCUUGCCCGCUGGCUUUACACUGGACCAGCCCAGGACGAGACAGCAGCAGGAGGGACAAACGGGGGUCUUAAACAUCAGACAUUUAUCCUCGUCCUGGAGGCUGGAAGCGCAAGAUCCAGGUGUGGCCAGUGGUUCCUCCUGAGGCCUCUCUCCUUGGCGUGUUUAGCCAACACUGAGCCAGAGCUUUUGGCCAGCUGUGCCUGCAUCCCUGGCCCACUGAGCCACCUCUGG